CAGUUUAGUUUCGCUUCAGUCUCAGUUCUGUUCAGUUUCGGUUCAGUCGCGUGUGUGCAACGCUUCGAGUCGGUGGUCGGAUCGUGGCUAUAUAGCUCUGGCCCCUCUCUAUAUCUCGAUCAUGUGAUUACAAUCGGUUCGUUAGCUGUGCGAAGACAACAUCUGUGUGCUCCCGUAAACGUAUCUCUAUAGCGAUUGACUCAGCAUCAGUAUACCCCAUCGGACAGUGGGAUCAACUGUUUUCGGGGGCGUGCGAUGGCGACUAUGGUGAUUGCGAUGCUGCCCCUACGUGCUCUUGUCUGUCUCUAUUUGCUCGUCACGCUGGCCAGCUCAGCGCGGGCCAUUACCUGCUACGAAUGCGAUUCCGUCAAUAAUCCCGGGUGUGGGGAGCAAUUCGCUAGCGAUGACAUAGCCACAACGGACUGCGAAGUGGUGGCGGACUUGCGGUCCCCAGGAACGGAGCCCACCUGCCUCACCAAGUACCAUGAGGGGGGUCCUGGGAAUCACGUUUCGUGCGUCGUUCCUGCUACUAUGGUGACUCCUCGCCGGCUGGGAUGAAUUGUGACGAACAGCCGGAUCCCGUGGUGCCGUUCCUGACCUUCCUGGGAUGUACACUAUGCAACACAGAUCUGUGCAAUGCAGCACCAAGGGGCAUCUCUGUUCCUCUGUCCUUAUAUCAGCUCUUGCCACAUUUGGUUUGCUUGAUUACUUGUCAACUAACGAACAAAGAAUACUCUCACUUCAUUUCGAUGUAUCCUAUUACCCGAUAUAAACUUUAAAGUAUUGAAAAACAGAAAACUCAUGAAUCCUAUAUACAAAACUAACCACUUUAAGGACUUGUUAGAGACGUUAUUUAUAUUUUUUUUUAAUUUUCAUUUUAUUUGAUUUUGUUUCCGUUGGUUUUUUAUACAUCCACUAAAAUGAUUUAACAUACAUAUAUCUUUAUAAUAAUAAUAUAAUUAUUCUUGUUUGAUUUUAAUAUAAUUUAUUUACUGAAUAAAUUUUCUCGUCUCCUAUUAUUUA